AUGUCAAGAGUUUUGCCUGAAGUAGCAAGCAUGAUUUUUUUCUUUUAUGGUAGUCUCAUAUUUCCGAAGGUUCUUUUACGCAUACUUCAAAGUGGGCGUAACAAGAACGAUGAUCCGGUGGUUAUCGAGGAAAUGAUACCCGCCACGUUAAAGGGAUAUAAGCGUCGUAAAGUAUUGGGUACCUCUUACCCUGCCAUAAUUAAAGAUGAUAAUUCAGAGACACACGGAGUCGCGGUCAAAGGACUAACACCCAGAGACAUCUCGAUUCUAGAUCAUUAUGAGGGUGAUCAAUACAUGAAAAAAGAUGUCGAAGUUUUUCCCAUUAAUUCGAAAGGUGACAACGGUCAACCUAAAGGUGCUCCAAUAUCAGCUCAAACUUAUGUGUGGAUAGAUUCACCUGAAUUUUUGGAAGAUCAAGACUGGGAUCAAGAAGAAUUCAAGAAACGAACUGACGAGUAUUUAGAAGAGGAACUAAGGAAUUUCUAG